AUUUUUAUGUGAGGAAAGAGAAGCGUUGGAAAUGGCACUCUGGAGAAUAGGGUUUUUGUGCUUAGCCUGCGCGGCAGCGGCGGCUGUGGCGGAGCCGCAGCUGGGAUCCACUCGAGUCGUCUUCCAGACAAAGUAUGGCGACAUUGAAUUUGGAUUCUAUCCCGAUGUUGCUCCCGUCACCGUGGAGCACAUUUUCAAGCUUGUCAGGCUCGGAGCGUACAACACGAACCAUUUCUUCAGGGUCGACAAAGGAUUUGUUGCACAAGUCGCUGAUGUUGUUGGAGGAAGAAAGGCUCCUCUAAAUGAAGCUCAGAUGGAGGAGGGGAAGAAAACGAUCAAGGGGGAGUUUUCGGACGUGAAACAUGUUCGUGGGAUUUUAUCCAUGGGCAGGUAUAGUGAUCCAAACAGCGCUCAAUCGUCGUUUUCAAUCUUACUUGGUUCUGCACCACACCUUGAUCGGGAGUACGCUGUGUUUGGGAAGGUGACCAAAGGAUUUGAAACAUUAGAACUCCUCCAAGAGCUGCCUACAAAGCGCGAAGGGAUUUUUGUGAUGCCCCAGGAACGAGUAACCAUUCUUUCGACGUACUACUAUGAUGUGGAUCCUGUUCCUUUAAAGUGCGAGGACGAAGUGUCCAUUUUGAGGAGAAGAUUGAUUCAAGCAUCAAAUGAGCUGGAGGAACAGAGAAUGAGAUGUCUUCCUUGAGCCGGAUUGGAUUUUGUUUCAAGAGUGGUAUUUGAUUUUUACAGACUGCUUGCUGCUAACUUGGUAAUGUUAGAGAGCAGCACAUAAGGAACAGUAAAAGUGGAAUCAACCUUACAGAUUA